AUGUUGCAUUGCAGGCCAAUACUCAUCAAUAGGCAUGAAACCGAAUUUAUUGGAGACAUUGUUAAAAAAAUAUCAGCAAAAUUAUGUGAAACAUAUCCAACUGUCCAUGAUGAGUUGGUUGGAAUUAGUUCACGCUUAGAGGAGUUGUAUGCGAAAAUAGACAUUGGUGAAGAUGAUGUUCGCAUUAUCGGAAUUUGUAAAAUGGGUGGCAUCGGUAAAACGACUCUUGCAAGAGUUACUUACACUCAAAUGUCAUCUCAUUUUGAAUGUAAAAGCUUUCUUGCUGAUGUUCGAGACAUUUCAAACAAACUUGGACUUGUUUCAUUACAGAAACAACUUCUUUCCCAAGUCUUGCCUGAUGAAUGCUUUAGUUUCUUCAAUGUUUAUGAAGGAAAUGUCAUCAUUAACCACAGGUUAUCUAACAAAAGGGUUCUUAUUGUUCUUGAUGAUGUUGAUAACCUACAACACUUAAAAUGUUUGGUUGGAAGGCGUGAUUGGUUCGGUUUAGGGAGCAGAAUCAUUGUAACAAUAAGAGACGAACAUUUGCUACGAUCUUACCGAGUUGAUGAUGUGUAUAAGCCUACAACAUUGAAUGACAAUGAUGCACUUCGACUUUUCAAUUUCAAAGCUUUCGGUUGCGAGAAAGUGCCAAAAGAGGAUUUCAUUGAGCUUGUUCAACAUGUUGUAGGUUACGCUGGUGGACUCCCUUUAGCUCUUGAAGUUUUGGGUUCUUUCCUGUGUGAUAGAGAUGCAAGCCAAUGGAAAAGUGCAAUAGAAAGGCUCAAAAGAGAUUCUAACAAAGAAAUUCUUGAUAGACUUCAAAUAAGCUUUGAUGGAUUGGAAGAAACGGAGAAGAAUAUAUUUCUAGAUAUAGCAUGCUUCUUUAAUGGGGAGGAGAAAGAUUUUGUAAUGAAAGUACUAGAUGGUUGUGAGUUUUUUCCCGAUAUUGGAAUUGAUGUUCUCAUUAAAAAAUCUCUACUAACUGUUAAUAAAUACAACCAACUGCGGAUGCAUGACUUGCUACAAGAAAUGGGAAGAAAAAUUGUUAGAGAAAAAUCUAUUGAUGAACUUGGAAAACGUUGCAGAUUGUGGGAGGAAAGAGAUGUCUACCAUGUGCUAACAACAAAUGCACCCAUGCAUAAGUUGAAAGUGAUCAACCUCCAAGGGUCUGAAAACUUGAUCAAGACACCAAACUUCAAAAUGGCCCCAAAUAUUGAAAGUUUGGUUUUGGAAGGUUGUACUAGAUUAGUGUAUGUUGAUCCAUCCGUUGGAGUUCUUAAGAAGCUUAAGCUUUUGAAUUUAAGAGGUUGCAAAAGUCUUAGAAGUCUUCCAACCAAAAUUGGAAUGGAAUCUCUUGAAGAAUUAAUUCUUUCAGGUUGCUCAAAUCUUAAAAGCUUUCCGGAGAUUGAUGGUAAGAUGGAAUGUCUGCUAAGACUUUAUUUAGAUGGGACAGACAUUGAACAACUUCCCUCUUCAAUUGGACAUUUGAGCAGUCUUGUUUUAUUAAAUUUGAAAGAUUGCAGGAACCUUCUGAGUCUCCCAGGGAGCAUAGGUGGGUGUACAAGUUUAAAAACUCUUAAUCUUUCUGGCUGUUAUAAAGUUGAAAAUUUGCCAGAGAAUUUGCAGCAAGUAUAA